CAAUAUUGAAAACGAAAUUUCAUUUGAUAUCUUAUACAAAAAAGGCAAUUCAGGCAUUCAAUCGCGCUUAAAAAACCAUGUCCAAUUUCGUUUUUCCUGAAGAGUUAUCAUAUUUUAUAGAAAGCAUUCGCCCAUUUCAAAUGAUCGAUAUAGGCAGCUCAAAAUGGCUGGACGUUCAUGAAAUGAUUAUAAAACUUAGCCAACAAGCUAUUCUCGAAGCAGCUGAACAUCGCGAAGAAGAAGUCAAAGAAUUUCUUAUUUCGCGUGACAAGUUGAAGGUGCUUAUACACGAAGCUUAUGGCAUUUUCCUAUGGAAGACGCGUGUGCUGCCACAUUUGCUUGAAAUUGAUCCCAAUCCGCAAGCCACUUUCCUCAUAUAUACCGUACUUUUUCACGAAGCUGCAGUUAUUUCCUUACUCGACACUUCACUAUUCCAUGUUAGCGCAUGUGAAGCAUUGCAGGAUGCAGCUAUUGAUUUGGUUGACUACUGUGCUUUAGCCGUUGCACAAGUCAUCGGUUUAGUUAGCAUGGGUUAUCAUGAAAACCAAACGAGAGUAGAUGUAGACGAAGCUGUAUUAUCGGAAUUGGAACGUCAAAAACGCGAUUUAAUUUAUAAGAUUGGUAUGCGUUGCAUUUCGAUUUUAUGCUAUUUGGCCGAACAUGCUGAUGCAAUACCGUUGAGUGCCUCACGACGCAUGGUAGUGACACAUGAUGUACCUUGGUUAAUGGCAGACUUGCUUCAAUUUAGACCUUGGCAGCGGCGCACCAACAAAGGCAUACAACGAUUUAUUGAUGAAAAGUGGAUAUUGGUGCAGGGUGAUGACAUAUCUAAAGUAGCUAACCAAGAAGCCCAAGCCUGGUUCUGCUUGAGACAAUUACUCUUUAAUAAACCAUUGAUGACAUCGUAUGAACUUAACGAAGAGCGUCGAAAACACUUAUCAAAGUGCCAAGGUCUGUUACAGGAAACAAUACUCGAUCAGCUUCCUCCAUUAGUUGAAUUGAAACAGUACCUUUGCAAUUUAGGUGUCACUGGUAGCACCAAUGUGUACAAGACACCUAAAUCUAAUUUGGUGCUGGAAGAAUUACCAGAGAUUCGAGAGAAUCUUAUUGCUGAAGCUGAACGGAUUGGCGGUUUUCCAGUUGUAGCACAGAAGCAGGAAGAAAUAUUUCUGUGCACUGAUAAAGAUAAAAUAUUUGAAACUGCUAAACGUUUAAAUAUGGCAUAUAACACAGAUUUGCUCGCCGAGCUGGAAGAAAAAACUGCAGAACCUGGGCGAGCCAGCAAUACCGUCGAAAAUAGUAAAGAUCCCAUUAAAAAAUGUGGCAAAUGUGCCAGCGAUGCAGAAAAGAAGUGCGGAAUCUGCAAAACCACUUAUUACUGUUCAAGGAAAUGCCAGGUCGACGACUGGUCGAAACACAAAGUCAGCUGUAUUAAAAUUUAGAGCACACCGCGCCACAUUUAAUGUCCACUCCACAG